GCUAUUCUAUGGUCCUUUCUGCCGGCCAUUAACGCCGUUGGAAUGGAGGAGGUGUUGAUGUAAGCGUAACACGCUUGGACACGUUUAUUUUAAUUGUUACUCGUUAUUUCCUCACAUAUUAAAGGAACAUAGUAAAGAAACAUCGUUGACGCUUGAGAGUGACGAAAAACUUGAAAGAAAAUGGGUGAUAUAAAGUCCUUCUUCCAUCAAUGGUGCGCGAAAAACGGAAAGGAACCACAAUUUGAUGUUAGACCAACAGGACCAAAGCACAGACAACGUUUUCUCUGCGAGCUGCGAAUACCUGGGUCCGACUAUGUCGGCGCGGGGAAUUCGACCAACAAGAAGGACGCACAAGGAAACGCCGCGAGGGAUUAUGUUAACUACCUAGUGCGUACGAAUAUGGUCAAUCCGAACGAUGUGCCGAAGGAUACACAGAUACUCUCGGCGAUGCCAGUGGACGGUAUCAAACUCGAGGUCUCGACGCCAACUAGAUCAGUGUUUCAAGGUGGCAUGGGACCAAAUGACAUCGGCCAAGCAUACAGGCCGUACAACGAGCGCGGCCAAAGUAAUUACACGUACAUGGACAGGCUGGCUGAUCAAAAAAAAGUGGAAGAUGCAGAGGAUGUGGAUGUGAACUCGGGGAUUCAUGGAAACUGGACGAUAGAGAAUGCCAAGUCCAAGCUACAUCAGUUUAUGCAAACUAACAAAAUUAAUGCCGAUUACAAAUAUACUCCGGUUGGUCCGGAUCACACGAGGAGUUUUAUGGCAGAGAUGACGCUUUAUAUCAAGCAACUUGGACGAAGUAUAACUGGCCGUGAAACUGGAUCGAAUAAACAAACAGCUUCAAAAAGCUGUGCCUUAUCUAUUGUUCGCCAAUUGUAUCAUCUAGGUGUUAUUGAGGCAUUUAGUGGUACAUUGAAAAAGAACAAGGAUGCCGAACAGAUGAAGGCAUAUCCAGUCAAAAUUUCACCAGAACUGGAAAAUCAGAUUCAUGACGUUUUAAUAAGUUUGGAGAUAAAACCAAUUGAUGUUAGACAGCAAUCAGUUGGACUAAAGGAAGAAAAUAGUGCACAAAACGAAAAUAAUACAUCGACUAUUGGCGUAUCUUUAUUGACGAAUCAAGUUCUGGAUGACUUUAUAUCUUCCGUACCACAACCUGCCGGUGUUGUAAGCUGGUCGCCGCCACAGCCAAAUUGGAAUCCAUGGACCGGAUGUAAUAUAGAUGAAGGACCAUUGGCAACAACGUCUCUGGAUCAGUUGUCAGAAGAUUUGAUGAAGGAGCAGCGCGAAAAGCUGCAGCAGGAUGCCAGUUUGCAGACGAGCACCAAGGAAAGAUCGACUCUGCCCGUUUUUUCCAAAAAAAAUGAGAUCAUGAACACAAUUAAUGAAAAUCCAGUCGUUAUUAUACGCGGAAAUACGGGAUGUGGCAAAACCACACAGGUUUGUCAGUUUAUUUUGGAUGAUUAUAUCGCGUCCGGCCAGGGUGCAUAUUGCAGUAUAGUUGUCACUCAACCGAGACGGAUUUCGGCCGUAUCCGUGGCCGACCGAGUUGCCGCCGAGAGAUGCGAAACUCUAGGACAGUCGGUCGGAUAUUCCGUGAGAUUUGAGUCGUAUUUGCCCAGGCCGUACGCCAGCAUAAUGUUUUGCACUGUGGGUGUACUCUUGAGAAAGCUGGAGGGCGGUCUCAGGGGUGUAUCGCACGUGAUCGUCGACGAAAUUCACGAGCGAGACGUCAACUCAGACUUCAUCAUGGUGGUGCUCCGAGACAUGAUCCAUCUCUAUCCCGAUCUCAGGAUCAUUCUCAUGUCGGCUACAAUCGACACAACGCUGUUCAGCGAAUACUUCAACAAGUGUCCUGUGGUGGAGAUACCCGGUAGAUCGUAUCCUGUCCAACAAUAUUUCUUGGAGGAUUGUAUACAGCUGACGAAUUUUGUUCCACCUACAAAUUCCGGGAAACGUAAAACUAAGGAUUCGGAAGAUUUACCAAUACCGGAUGGAGAGCCAGAGGAAAAUCUGAAUAAAGUUAUUAGCAAUAAUUACUCUUUCGAAACAAAGAAUGCUAUGGCACAAUUAACGGAGAAGGAGAUAAGCUUCGAGUUAAUAGAGGCGUUGCUUAUGUACGUUAAAAAACAGGAGAUUCCAGGUGCUGUGCUAAUUUUUCUCCCUGGCUGGAACUUGAUAUUUGCGCUAAUGAAACAUUUUCAACAACAUCCUAUAUUUGGCGGAUCGAAUUAUAUCAUUAUUCCGCUGCAUUCGCAAUUACCACGAGAAGAUCAGCGCAAAGUCUUUGAUCCUGUACCGCCAUACGUAACGAAGAUUAUCUUGUCCACAAAUAUUGCAGAAACUUCAAUAACAAUUAAUGAUGUCGUCUACGUGAUAGAUUCUUGUAAGGCCAAAAUGAAACUAUUCACUUCCCACAAUAAUAUGACCAAUUAUGCGACUGUUUGGGCCAGUAAAACGAAUCUCGAACAGCGCAAAGGAAGAGCGGGUCGCGUUAGACCUGGCUUCUGUUUCCAUCUUUGUUCAAAAGCUCGAUUCAACAAGAUGGAUGAACACAUGACACCGGAAAUGUUCCGGACGCCUUUGCACGAGCUGGCGUUGAGCAUCAAGUUAUUAAGACUGGGCAAUAUUGGUCAAUUUUUAUCAAAGGCAAUUGAGCCACCUCCAAUCGAUGCCGUAAUUGAAGCAGAAGUUGUAUUAAGAGAAAUGAAGUGUUUGGAUAAAAACGAUGAAUUAACGCCUCUCGGCAAGAUCCUGGCGCGUUUACCCAUAGAACCGCGGCUAGGAAAAAUGAUGAUCCUAGGAUGCAUGUUCCGCGUAGGCGACGCGCUCUCAACAAUGGCCGCAAAUAGCACCACUUUUCCCGAGGUGUACAAUAUGGGCCCGGAUAUGAGAAGACUAACUGCUCAGCAAAAAUGGUUCGCCGGCGCUAGAUUCAGCGAUCAUGUCGCGAUGUUCCACGCUUUUCAAGCGUGGGAAGAAGCGAGAUCCAACGGCGAGUGGGCAGAACAAUCAUUCUGCGAUUCGAAAAGUCUGAGUCUGCCAACUUUACGAAUAACUUGGGAAGCUAAGAAUCAACUGCAAGCGCUGCUGCAGAGCGCCGGUUUUCCCGAGGAGACUCUAUGCCCGAUUCCGUUGAAUUAUCAGGCGAGCGCGGAUCCACGUCUUGACACCAUUACUGCGUUGUUGUGUAUGGGAUUAUACCCCAAUGUAUGCUACCACAAGGAGAAGCGAAAGGUUCUCACCACGGAAUCGAAGGCCGCCCUAAUUCACAAAACAUCGGUGAAUUGUAGCAAUUACGAGCAGAACUUUCCAUUCCCGUUUUUCGUGUUUGGUGAAAAGAUCCGCACGAGAGCUGUAUCUUGCAAGCAAAUGACUAUGGUGUCACCUAUACAUUUAUUGCUGUUUGGAUCACGGAAGGUGGAAUAUGUGGAUGGCGUAAUUAGACUGGACAACUGGAUCAACUUGGAUAUGAAUCCGCAACACGCAGCAGCUAUAGUUGCUCUGCGACCCGCUCUGGAAAGUCUUGUGGUUCGGGCAUCCAAGGAUCCGGAAACAAUUUUAGAGUUGAAUCCAGUCGAAGAAAAGGUAUUGAACGUGAUCAAGGCGUUAUGCAGCAUGAAUGCUUGCCGUCACGAGUUGGAGCAAGUAACCGGCGGCGGUGGUUUCCAAUCACGACCGCCGCCAAGGGGACACUCCACUUUCAAUACCCCACCGAAAAUGAUGCGCGGAAACGGCGGUUACCGCGGUCCAAUCUCGAAUAAUGAGUCUUAUGGUGGGAACAGUGGUUUUAGUGGUAACCGUGGUGGAUACAGAGGUGGCUACAAUAAUAGGGGGGGAUACAGCAAUCCGCGCGGUCGAGGAAAUUGGAAUGGCGGAGGUGGCGGAUUUCGACGUUACUAAAUUAAUAUUUUAUUUAACUGUAUCGCUAUUAAACUUUAUAGACUGUAUGAAGCGUUCAAACAUAUAGAUUUAUGUCGAACAUUAUAUUGAUAUUGCAUCAUAAUAUAACAUCAUAAUAGGGUGAUAUUAUAUUAGAGCCGGGACUAAGAUGUGGCGAAUAAGGCAUUUGCCUCAAGUAAAAAAUGUAAAGAAGCGCAAAAAUGGUAGUAUAAAUUAAUAUUUUAAUUCACUCGCUGCUAACAGUUACGUAUAAUUAUAUGUUUUUAUUAAAUUAAUAUUAAUAUAUUAGAUAUCUUUGACUAAUAUCUUUUACUAUGUUUUAUUUGUCAAAAGGGAAUAUUUUUUUAUUACCAAACGACUUAUUUUUUGCCUUUAACACCGAAAUGUUUAGUCCUAGUUCUGCAUAAUAUCAAAGUAUGUAAUGUAUACUCAUAUAAUUCAAUUUACACGAAACAUGUCAACUUUGUUUUCUUUUUCUUUAAUGCUUAGAUAAUAAAAGAAAGCACCUUUCUUUAUUUUCUCUUACUCUUAUAUAAGAAAUCUUUUAAGUCAUUUUGUUGUAUACGAUAUGACAAAUAAAUUGCAAUACGCUUAUUGUACUAGCGUGUUGACUUACAUGUAACAAUUUUCGAACAUUGAACUAUAAUAUUUUUCACACUUUAUAAGAUUUCUUUAGAAAUUAAAGGAAUGAGAAAUUA